GUCUGUGCUGUGGCCAGCCUGCCAGCUGUUGUACUGUUUUGUGUUUGCCUUCUAGCAGAAAAUAAUUAUAAUAAUCUAUUGAACAUUUGUCUCGAAAUAAUCCCGAUUGACGUAUUUUCAUUAAUUGUGACCUUGUGUGCUCUCAGUGUUUUUAUAACUACAUCCUGUUGGGAAUAAACCGAAGUAGUUACCUUGUUUUAUAACGCUCUCAUAAUAUAUCUGAACGAAAAUGGAUUGGAGGACGUCCCUGCUGCUAUUUACCCUGGUACUUUACGCCGACGGGUUUUCCAAAUACGGACGCACGUGCAAAGACAUUGGCUGUUUGAAUAGCGAAGUAUGCGUAUUGGCUGAGGACCCAUGCUCGUUUGGGCACACCUCCAACUGCGGCACUUACCCCACAUGCAAGAAGAAGUCUCAAGUCGAAGGCUCGCACGCAGUGCUAGAAGCUCCCCGUCCCACCACGCCUAAGCUGCAGCCUUACGUGCCACCUCGAGAUGAUAGCGUACCCAACUACCCUCCCCCUGCGCCUCCUGGGGGCAAUUCCCCAUAUGGAAACAAUUCACCUUACGGAGGAAACUCGCCUUACGGCGGCAACUCGCCCUACGGAGGCAACUCACCUUACGGCGGAUCUAAUCAAGGUGGCUCUUCAUUUGGCGGCAGUUCCCCUUACGGUGGUAGUUCGCCGUAUGGUGGAAACUCUCCAUACGGUAGCAACUCAAACCACGGCGGUAGUUCAUCCUAUGGAGGCAGCUCCCCAUACGGUGGGAGCUCGCCUUACGGCGGCUCGAGCAACAGAGGAGGCAACCCGUAUGGCGGCAACUCUCCCUACGGGUCCAGUUCCGGAGGCGGCGGCAGUCCGCUGGACAGCAUCCUCAGCACCAUCAACAAGUACGCCAAUAGCGGCGGCGGCGGCGGCGGCGCGGGCGGCAGCUCCAGCCUGUCCGGCAUCCUCGGAGGACUAGUCAACACUAUCUCCAAAAACGGAGGUCAGCCGAGUUAUCAGACGCCUGUUCAAAACAAAAACUAUGGGCAAAGUAAUGCGCACCACAGUGCGGCCACCACUCAUAGACCAGUGUCCUAUGGCUGGAAUGUUGGUGCGACUGUGAUGUUGACGUACCUGAUACACCAUUACGUCCAGAGUAUGAUUCGGCAUUAAUUUUAACCCUAAAUAAUAAGUUAUAGAAUGUUAAUGUUAAAAUACUUUGAAUCUCUAGGUGCUGAAUGUUAAUAUGCUGCCGUGUCUCGCCUACUAUGUUAUUUGCUACUUAAGAAGAAAAUACUAAAUAAUUCAACGAAAGCAAAAGUGUUAUCUCAAAAAAACUAUUUUUAUAUACGAUUAUUUCCUAUAAAACCUACUUGUAACGCAUUAAAUCUGAAGGUAUAAAGAAAACUAGAUAAAAUGUUAAAAUAUAAACUUUAUUCAGUCCAUCCAAAAAUAAAUAAAGACUAGACCCGUGUAUUUACAAAUGAAAUUCCAUAUGAAUAUCACUGAUUUAUAAAUAUAGAUUGUAAGUAUUUACGUAAACUUCUACAGUGUUUUAUUUUUAGUUACCAUUUUUUAUGAGUUCAUACAACGUAAAAUCAUUACAGCUUGUUGCGUAAU